AUGAGCUUGGUUGACUGUCUGAAAGGUAAGCCCUCUUGCCCUUCCGCCCCUUCAGGCGUGACGUUGCUAGUCACCUCCACUCGAGUUUGCUGCAGGCCGAUCCGCCGACGGAGACCCCUCGCACCAGCAGCGGCGUCAUCGCGUCCACCAGCAACGGCAGCACCAUCACCACAGCGAAUCACAACGUCGCCCUCGACCGAGCUCAAGACACCAUGCCCGCGUUCCGUCUCUACGUACCCUCUGUUGGACGGCAAACCGAAUCUAUCGCUGAAUACGACCUCGAACGUGUCGCCGGCAGAGACGAGCACGACUCACCGGAGCGCGUCCCCUUUCCCAGAAGCGGCAAUGGAUGCACGGAUACUGCACCGGCUACGCAGGUACAUCCUGUGUCUUGCCAUCGUCGAGUUUGAUAUCGACUUGGGCGUGAGUCUUUCCGAGCUGUCGUCGCUAUUAAAGCCCCCGGAGAGUGGACCGAGCUGACUUGACGUCAACUCUGUCAUGGUGCCCCACGUUCGGCCCUGCUAGCCCGCGCUGAGCGAGGUGUAUCCCCCAACGCGGUUCCCCAAGUCACUGCAAUCCAACAUCGCCUUCUCCUCCCUCCCCGAGGGCGAGGAUCAACUACCCACCGCAGGCGCCCACAUCUUCUCCUGGAGAAUACCGCUACCCGGGCGCCCGACCUCGACCACGUCCGUCUCGAGCGGCAAUGCGAGUGCCAACGGCAAUCAAAUCGUCGACGACCCUUUCUUGGCCACUUUGAUGCACACGGAGGCGACGACGUCGAGAUCGACCUUGGGUAGUGGUCGAAUGAGUAGCGAGGUCGGCCAGGAUGAGGAUUCUGCACAGGAAGACGAUCAGGGUGCCGGCGACCUGGGAUCGAGAUCGGAUGGGCAUUUGCACGGUUUCGUCUACUUUCUCCAGGAAAAGGUGGGGGCGCAUUGCGACACGUUCCAAGCAAAAGGAACCUCGAGCUGAACGAAGAUUGACGCUCUCCCAGAACGAUUCGGUACGGAGAGGUUACACGCAGCGAUCUCUAGUUCUCGUACGUGCUCACUCGAGUCUCAUGAGCCUUAAGAGGGUCCGACUGAAUACAAUAAUCGUAUCUGCGCUCGCACAGAUCACACAUCGCCCUUCGCUCGUCGGUCUCUUCUCGAGCACCAUAGCGACUCUUGGACCACUCCACUUCAAGCACAGCUCCCAGGGAGGCGGUAUGGUCGAGACUGCAUGCUACAAUAUCGCUUCCUGGUGCGUCAGUGGUUCGAGACCCGGGUUCGAGUCGCUCGCUGACACGCGCUCCUACGUACAGGCCAGAUCUUCUACCCGGCGCCACUCUCGACUACCCUUUCCUCGGGGUCGUACACUCGGUCUCGAUACCGAUUGACUCGCAGCCCCAAUGGCUCAAACCUCUAGCCUCGACAUCGGCCAAGGGCACGCAACUCAAGUCGCCCAGUGUGGGCGGCCCUGUACCUAUAGUAAGGCGCAGCACAGGUCGAACCUAUCCCUGGAUCAAAUUGACAUCGACUUCGUAUUGAAUGUUCACCAGAUCCCUGCAUCAUCCCCUCUCACACCAUUAUCAGUCGCAUUGCAUGACACACUAUCGUUCUCCAAGAUCCUCUUGCUCUGGGAACUCGUCCUCCUCGGCGAUCCCAUCCUCAUCUCGACCUCGGAUCCUCGCACCGGCUCCGAGCUUGUACAUCAUCUAAAGAAUCUCAUUCGCCCCAUCUUGUUUGAAGGGGAUUAUCGACCCUAUUUUCAUAUUCACGAUACGGACUUUGCUCGGAUCGCGAGUCCUGGCAAAGUAAGGGUUCGAACAGACGUGGCAUAAGUCUGAGGUGCGAGAGUCGAAUUGACUCUGUCAAGCUUCGUAUUCACAGCCAAUACCAGGAUCCAUCCUCUCCUCUACCAACCCACUCAUUUUGACCCAACUCAAAAGUCGACCCCACAUCCUUCGGACACACAUCGGCAAGACCGAAUCCACAUCAACUGCGACCAUCGGUUUAACGUCGACGCGCAAGCGGCACGUCAAAAAGGACCCCGUCGUUGCUAAAGCAGUCGAAACGGCGUUCAAGGGCGGAGAUUACGUGACGUGUGAUGCUUUGAUUUUCAAGCAUCUCGCGGCGCUGACGGAGAGCUUUAUCGCUCCUCUGAACCGUUACUUUGCGUCGGCUGGGGGACCGAGUGCUACCUCUCAAGGCUGAGUUUCGCUUGAGGCAACCUGGUACCGACACUGUAGACUGAUGUGGCCUUGACUCGCAGCUCGGCACUCAGCCCGGCCCAUGAGAAAUCACUCUCCUCGACCAUCUCCUCCAUCCCUUCAACCUCGGCUUCCUUCCCAACCUUCACCCCCUCCUCCUUCCUCGCCUCCCUCAAAGCGCACGGCACACCCCUUCCCUUCCGUGCUCCAACAACCUCGACCCUCUCCUCCACGAUCGAGCGCUUCUAUUCGCGGUGA